ACCAGUUGUGGAGCACUGGCUGGAAUGAGAAAUAGCCAAAUGGGGCGACCGACGGGGAUCGAUCUUAAAGCGAGCGCUUUACCACUAGGCUACAUCCGCCCCAUAUAAUAAAAAUAAAAGAACAGAAACUAAAAAGACUCCUUCCUAAAUAAAACCCACAUAUAACACCUUGAACACACAAGUUCUACUGAAUGAUUUUAUUUAUGGGGAAAAAAUGUAAUAGAAUACAAUAAUGUUUGAUUGAGUUGAAUUGUUUGAAUUAAAAAUGAAAUAACAGUAAAUUGCCCCCCCCCCCCCCCACUACGCUCUAUGCGAUCUCGUUUUUGCUACGAUCUCACUCCGCUCUCACUACGUUGCCACUACGUUCUCCUACGUUUGGAUCACGCUCGCGCUCCGCCUAUAAAUACAGCGAGCUCGACCUCGAGCUCAGGAGAUCAGUCCAGUUGUGCCGCUACGAUUAGAAGCAUCAUCUCUCACAUAACCAUGCCAAAGGCUAAGGGCAGCAAGGUUCCAGUGCAGAGAGGUCGAGGCAGGGGUCGAGGGUCGACUAGGUCGUGUUCACAGCCUGAACCACCCCCCACACCUGAGUCUGAGACUCCUUCCAGGUCUGCAAGCCCUGCAGCCAGCACCCAGUCUGACCUUCCUGAUCAGCCUUCAUGUAAAUCAUCUCCAGCAUCCUCCAGAAGUCCAUCACCUAAGGCAAAGAAGGUGAAGAAGAUGACCAAUCUGUCCACAGACGAGGAGGAAUCCAUGGCAGAAUGGUUGGCCGAGAACCAGCUGCUGUAUAACAAAAAGUUGUUUAGCUACAAGAACAAGGCCAAGAAAGACAAAAUGUGGGCAGACAAGGCCACUGAGAUGGGCAAGACUGUGGAGACGCUGCAGAUCUGGUACAGGUCCAUCCGUACGAGGUAUGGGCGUCUGCUGAAAAAGAAGCAGAGGUCACAGAGCGUGAUAGUUGGAUUUUGGCCAAGUUCCACUUCCUGA